AUAAAAAUCACGUUUUCUAUGAUUUGAUACAACACUUGACUUAUAUAUUAUAUUAUAAAUAAUUUAAGUUUUGAUUGCAAUUUGUUUGUUAUGUUUUGUAUUUACUAUUAUUAAAACAUUUGACCACAGAUUAUAUAUAAUGGCCAACGAUUCACCAAACGCCGAGUUUGUGUCCAAUCCAUGGGCUAUAGAGAUACCGAAGUUUACUAAAGAUGACAACAAAUCGGGAAUUUUGGUCGAAAGCUCUUUUGCUACACUUUUUCCGAAAUAUCGCGAAAAAUACAUAACGGAAUGCUUUCCACUGAUCAAAGAAGUGUUGAAUGAAAACAACAUUAAAGCUGAGUUGGAUCUGAUUGAAGGAUCGAUGACUGUGGCCACCACUCGACAGACAUGGGAUCCGUAUAUUAUUAUUAAAGCCAGAGAUGUUAUAAAAUUAUUGGCCAGAAGUGUUCCCUACGAACAUGCGAUCAAAGUGCUGGCGGAUGAAGUGACGAGUGAUAUCAUUAAAAUCGGAACUUUGGUCAGAAAUAAGGAACGAUUUGUUAAACGAAGACAACGACUUAUUGGACCCAACGGAUCAACUUUGAAGGCCAUCGAAUUGUUAACCAAUUGUUAUGUCUUAGUUCAGGGAACAACUGUAUCUGCAAUUGGACCGCACAAAGGAUUACAACACGUGAGGAAGAUAGUGAUCGAUACAAUGAAAAAUAUACAUCCAGUAUAUAAUAUCAAAGCAUUGAUGAUUAAAAGGGAAUUAGCUAAAGAUCCCAAACUCAAGAACGAAAGUUGGGAUCGAUUUUUACCACACUAUAAGUCAAAGACUUUGUCGAAACGUAAACAACCAAAGGUUAUUAAAAACAAGACUAAGAAGGAUUACACACCAUUCCCUCCGCCACAAACUGAUAGCAAAAUUGAUAAACAAUUGGCUUCUGGAGAGUAUUUCCUUAAAGACAAUGAAAUGAAAGCUAAGAAAAUGAAGGAAAAGUUUGAGAAAAAAGUUUCUGCAGAAGUGAAACGACAGGAGCGCCGAAACGCACCGUUUAUUCCUCCAGAAGAGGCACCUAAUGACAAGUCUAACUCACAAAUUGAGUCAUCAAAUGUAAACAUCGAUAAAUUUAAGAAAAAAAUGAAAACAUUUCAAAAUAAGGGUUUUAACAGAAAUGAUGAGAAAUCUAGUAUUAGUAGACAACCAGUGGUCAGAAAUAAAGAUAUUAUGAAUAAUAAACAGAAAACUAAACACAAGUAAUUGCUAUUUGAAAAGAUUUCAUUGUUUUAAAGUCAUAACAAAUAUCUUUUAUUAAUUGUUAAACUCAUUUGCAAUCAAUAUAAUUAUGUAAUAAAUAUAUUUUAGUUACAUUUUAGUUACAUUUAUCGUACUGUAUAUAAUUGAUGUUCAUUUACAGAGACAAUCAAUUUAUUGUCAUUAAUGGAUAUUAUUUAUUGUAUUGAUUUUCAAGC